AUGACACUGGGACCAUCGUGCAGCCUUCUACGGCUGAUGCAGCUGCUCCUGCAAUCAUCAGCACAGAUGUCAAUGCACUUCCUCACUCUCUUCCUGGUGUUAGCGCGCCUGUUGCUGCAGCAGUCUCUGCUCAAUCUGAUGUUAUCAUGUUUCUGGGGUGUUGUCAACCCAAUCGCCUUCUCACCCAUCUUCGCUUGCUUUGGCCGCACCCAGCGAGGAUGUCAUGCCAGUGCAUCCUGUGGAAUUUGUGUCAAGGUCGAGGGGGCACGUUGUACUGUUCUUGAUGUGGCUGCGCCUCAGGACAAUGUAUCAUACCUUGUUUUGAACAUGCUUGCUGACCCCAUCUGUCUAUAUGUCAAGUACUGCUGUGUGUCUAAUCUGGCCAUCCUCCCCUCUGACAAUUGUCUGACCUACCCAGCUACAACUAGGCGACCUCCGGUGCUACUCAGGAUGGCCUUCCGUAAUGGACACACCUGGCUCAGCACAUUGCGGCGGAUACAUACAGGGAGUGCUGAUCUAACUCGGAAGGGGGUGUGCAUUGCAAAGGCCAGAGGACAGCACACAUCAUCGCAAUUCCAGUAUGGAGGCUGUACCCCACGAGCCAACAUUACAAUGUAUGUGCAUCUCCGCAAGCUCGCAAUCAAGUCGUCACUUGUCUGA